AACCACAGUUCACAUCAGACUUGUAAAUUUCGGCCUAAUCAUUAACUGGCACCUCACCCCCGUCCCUACCCUGAGGGGAGGGUCAAGCGCCUAUAAAUACCGCCGAAGAGAACCGACUCGCAGCUCACUCAACAGGUUCCACGCAACAAGGACAGGAUGAGAGCUGCUGUGGCUUUCGUGGCGUUAGUGGCGCUACUUUGCGUGGCGGAGGCCGAUCCGGGAGGGAAGAGAAAGGGCGGAGGAAGGCGAGGCGGAGGGAGACACUUCGGCGGAGGCUACGGGGGAAGCUACAGCAGCGCCGGGGCCUUCGCCGGGGGCGCCAGUGCCGUUGCCGGGGCUGGAGGCUUCCCGGGCAGCGCCGGAGCCUUCGGUGGCGCGACAGGAGGCUUCGGUGGCACCGGUGUGAGCGCAGGAGCAUUCGGUAGCGGCGCAGGAGGCUUUGGCGGCAGACCAGUUGGCACCGGAGGAUACGGUGGACUCGGAGGCAGGCCAGUUGGCACCGGAGGCUUUGGAGGCACUUCAGGCUUUGGCGGCACUUCAGGAGGCUUCGGUGGCACCACAGGUGGCUUCGGUGGCACUUCAGGAGGUUUCGGUGGCACUUCAGGAGGCUUUGGUGGCACUUCAGGAGGUUUCGGUGGCACUUCAGGAGGUUUCGGCGGCACUUCAGGAGGCUUUGGAGGUUCCGGUGGCACCACAGGAGGUUUCGGAGGCACCGGCGGACAAUUUGGAAGCGGCGGCACUUCAGGAGGCUUCGGCGGCACUUCAGGAGCUGGAGCGGUUUCCGUCGUGGAUUUCGCUCGUAAAGGCCCGACAAAAGCUACCACCUCGACAGGCAGCGGAUCCAAGAACUACGGGCGUUAAUCUCGUAGCCACAUUAGGGAUAAAUGAUGUGGUUCUAAUUGCUAUGUGGCCGUCGUAUGGCAUGUGGAAGGCACACAGCCACUUAAAAGACACAUAAUGUGGUUCUUAUUGCUCAUGUGGCCGUGUUAUCGCACGAGGGUGGUGUCGUUCCAGCAUGUUCUAAUGUGCCAAGAUUGUACUGUAUUUAAGGAUCAUUUUAACUUGGCUUGUUUCCCAACGCGUGUGAUUCCAUUACCAGUACGUGUUUUCCCUAACUCGUACGCCUCCUGUGCAUAAGGGUGAUUAAAUGUUUCCAAACAAACAAACAA